AUGCCAGUGGCCUCAAAUGGGUCCCGACGAUCUGAGGUGGAGCCACCCGCUAGGCUCAGCUUGACGAUGGCCGUUGCGCUCCUGGCCGGCCUCACCGUGCCCUCCUCUCCUCUCCCCAGCCCCACCCCCGGCACCUGACAUGAGUCUCUGCGGGCCCCUCAACCUGAGCCUGGCAGGCGAGGCGACCAUGUGUGCGGAGCCCGGGGCCCCCAACGCGUCGGCCGGGCCGCCGGCCGGGCGGGCGGGCGCCUCGCCGGCGCUGCCCAUCUUCUCCAUGACGCUGGGCGCCGUGUCCAACGUGCUGGCGCUGGCGCUGCUGGCGCAGGCCGCGGGCCGCCUGCGGCGCCGCCGCUCGGCUGCCACCUUCCUGCUGUUCGUCGCCAGCCUUCUGGCCACCGACCUGGCGGGCCACGUCAUCCCCGGAGCCCUGGUGCUGCGCCUGUACGCGGCGGGCCGCUCGCCGGCCGGCGGCGCCUGCCACUUCCUGGGCGGCUGCAUGGUGUUCUUCGGCCUGUGCCCGCUGCUGCUGGGCUGCGGCAUGGCAGUGGAGCGCUGCGUGGGCGUCACGCGGCCGCUACUGCACGCGGCGCGCGUCUCGGCGGCCCGCGCGCGCCUGGCGCUGGCCGCGCUGGCCGCCGUGGCUUUGGCGGUGGCGCUGCUGCCGCUGGCUCGAGUGGGCCGCUACGAGCUGCAGUACCCGGGCACGUGGGCUUCAUCGGCCUGGGCCCGGCGGGCUGGCUGGCGCCAGGCCCUGCUACCCGGCCUCUUCGCCGGCCUCGGUCUGGCCGCUCUGCUCGCCGCGCUCGUGUGCAACACGCUCAGCGUGGCCUUGCUGCGCGCCCGCUGGCGCCGCCGCUCUCGACGGCGUACUCCGGCGAGUGGCCCCGACAGCCGCCGUCGCUGGGGGGCGCGCGCGCCCCGCUCGGCCUCCUCCUCGUCCGCCUCGUCCGUAGCUUCGGCCGCCGGCGGCUCCCCGGGCCGCGGCUCAGCGCGCAGAGCCCGCGCUCACGAUGUGGAGAUGGUGGGCCAGCUCGUGGGCAUCAUGGCGGUGUCGUGCAUCUGCUGGAGCCCGCUGCUGGUAUUAGUGGUGCUGGCUGUCGGGGGCUGGGGCUCCGGCUCCCUGCAGCGGCCGCUGUUUUUGGCUGUGCGCCUCGCUUCGUGGAACCAGAUCCUGGACCCCUGGGUGUACAUCCUGCUGCGCCAGGCCGUGCUGCGCCAACUGCUUCGCCUCCUGCCCCCGAAGGCCGGCGCCAAGGGCAGCCCUGCGGGGCUGGGCCUAACCAAGAGCGCCUGGGAGGCCAGCUCGCUGCGCAGCUCCAGGCACAGUAGCCUCAGCCACCUCUAGGCGCGCCAACAGCCCCAGCGGCUGAGCCAGACCAUCC